CAAACGGUGGACCCUCGCCCAACCUUCGUAUCAUCACUCCGGAGCGAUGUUGCAAGGCAAUGUUCUGAUAUUCUCUCGCUGUCGGUACUGUUGAGGCCGUACGUUGGAGUAUAGUUGGGUGUCUGUACAUUAAAUAAAUGAACGUUGGGCUCUUAUGUUGUUUAAAGGUUAAAUACCAAUAAAUCGUUUCCAUAUACUGCUGUUUACUUAUUACUAGCUCUUCACCGGGCCGACAACCUUAUCCCAUUUCCCUAAAAUUAUCGCUAAGAUGUCGACACUAAGCAGCAAGACAGAUUUCGAAUUGCUUCUUGCAAAGUGUAUCGGCCAGAGGGUUGAGAUUCCAGAUCUCUUCGUUCUUUGCCCCUGGGAUGUGGAAGUAUCUCCUCUAGACGAGAAGCUAGGGGGGGAAAUAGAGUUAUGGCGAUUGAGAUGGAUCAAUGACCCAACGAGCUUGAAGCGUAACCGUAUAGUCAACUCUUGCCUAUUCGCACGAGGCAUUGCACCGAAGGCAGCCUUUGAUGAGUUGGUGACUGUAGCUAAGUACCAGGCUUGGUUAUAUUACUGGGAUGAUGCCUACGACUUUGGAGAUUUCGAUGACAAGUACGAGGAGAUUGUCGCCCACCAGAAGCAGACAAUAGAGUUACUCCGCGAAAGUCUUUUCAACGAACACCCUAAUUCCGUCGACCCUACCAUAAUUGCUCCAGACUACCUUACCGCGCAAUCAAUUCAUGAGUGGGGGGCUAUUGUAGGCGAGAAGAGCGUAUCUUCCUCAUUGAAGAACUGGUUUUUUAAAGUCCUUGUCGAUUUUAUCACGGCUACAUUCCACCUCCAGAGCGAGUUUGAUAAGAGAAGCAUCUUAGAUCUCGAAACCUAUUGGAAGAUCCGCAUGGACUCAUCCGCGGUAUUUCCUACUUUAGCAAUGGUUUUGUUUGCUGAUCAGGUUGCCUUCCCUCUUUGGUUCUUCGACCAUACUCUCGUUCAGAAAGCUGCAGAGUUGUCUAACAUCAUUGUCUGGGUCACCAAUGAUAUCGUGUCAGCACGACAAGAACUCCAAUGUAAACAUGUCGACAAUCUUAUACCUCUUCUUGUCCAUCAUCAAGGAAUCACACUUCAAGAAGCCGUCAACAAGGCAAGUAGAAUUGCGCACCAGGCCUAUCUGGAUUUUGAGGCAUUGGAGCCACAGUUGAUGAAGCUUGGUGAAGAUCGAAAUGCUGUCUACGAAAUGCGAAGAUUUAUUGCGAGUUGUAGAUUUGUGUGCACAGGCAUUUUUAAUUGGACUUAUCAUAUCAAACGGUAUGUUCAUUGGGAACCUGGUAUGGAUCGUGCUAGUGUCUCUGCUGUACUUGGGGAGGACCUACUGUGAGGUAAUAAGCUCGACGUGUUUAGCUGAAGCUGGUAUACAUGGGAAAUGCAAAAUGAAGGGGAGGAAGAUACAUACUGAAAGUAUCCUUUGGUCUAGAUGUAUCCUGGCACUUAAUUAGGUAAAUUUACAUAGGUAAUUGGUCUAUCCAUCUCGGUGUAGAUCAGGCCAUGUAUAGAGGUAUACGAGGAAAGCAAAUGGAUUAACUUAAUUCUAGG